ACUGCCUCUCUCUCUCUCAUCUUCUCCAGCUUCACAGUACGACUCGAUCCAUGUCUGGAUCAGGAGGAGCAGCUGGUCAUGGCCUCCUCUACACGGAUCAUCCCGCCGCCGGCUUCGUCCCCUUCGACCACGACGACGGCUUCCUCUUUGAUCGAUCGGCGGCGUGCGCCGGCGCUGGAGGAGUAGGCGUCGACGGGCUCAUCGCGCCGUACUCCAGCAUCACGGAUUAUCUGCAGGCGGGGUUCCUGCAGGACGUCGUCGUCCCCGUGGACGCGUCCUCCACGUUGGGGGAUGCUGCCGUGAAGCACGAAAUGAUGGUGGUGGUGGAUCGCCAUGCCGGUCAGCAUCACCCCGGCGGCGGGGUGGCGCCGGUCACGCCGAACUCGUCGUCCAGCGAGGUGGCUGGAGAUCAGGACGAGCUGCGCCGGUGCAAGAAAGGUCGUCGGCCGGAGGAGGAGGAGGAGAUUGACGAGGAGGGAUCUACCGUUCAGAGUUGCAAGAUGAACAAGGCGAAGAACAUUAAGAAAGGGGAGAAGAAGGCGCGAGAGCCACGUGUGGCGUUCAUGACCAAGAGCGAGGUCGACCACCUCGAGGACGGCUACCGGUGGCGCAAGUACGGCCAGAAAGCCGUCAAGAACAGCUCCUAUCCAAGGAGCUACUACCGGUGCACGGCGCCGCGGUGCGGGGUGAAGAAGCGGGUGGAGCGGUCGCAGCUGGACGCGUCCAUGGUGAUCACCACGUACGAGGGGCAGCACACGCACCCGAGCCCCGUGAGCUACCACGUGCACAGGCACCACGCAGCUGCGGGGCUCAUGGCCGCCGCCGCCGGGUUCGCCGCGCCGCCGCCGCCGUCGCUUCUUCGGCUCUGCCCCGACGACGACGGCCUCGCCACCCGCGUGGCGACGAUGAACCAGCAGCAGAUGAGCUACGACGUGCCCAGCAUAGAGUACGCUGCCCCGCCGACGACGACGAUGCCUCCUCCUCUUCGUCAUCAUCUCUACACCCAGCAAGACCUUCUUCCUUCCACGACAGGCAGCCACCAUGGCUAUUAAAGCUUUGUUAAUCGCAUGAUUUUACAGCAAAUUAGCAAUGCCUGCAACGUCGUCGUAACUUGAGACAAAUUUGUACGGCUAUAUAUAUAUAGUUACUAAUGUAUGAGCAAGUGAAGUGGAUAUAAUGAUAUAUACUACUACAACUACAUGUUUUGUCCUCUUCUUUUUUGUGUUGGUCUACAACACCAAAAUGGAUGGCAGUGGCAGGUUGUGAUGAAGAUUGUUAAUUUGGUUUGCAGAAUGCAUGCAACUAGAGAUAAGG